AUCGACAGCCUGGUUGCUCGACCAACUAUUUGAAAAAGCAGCAGGAGCCUCCCUAACCAGAAUUUUAGCUCCUGAACCCAUUUCGCUGUACGAAUAAUGAUAUCCUCAGCUGUCCUCAUUCCCGAAGAGCCUCAGCUCGAUCCCGCAGAACAAAAUGGCUCCUUAAAACGCCGUCAAUCCUCCAUCUCCGAAACCUCAGAAUCAAAUAAACGUCCCCGCCUCAAUUCUCAGGCUUCGGCAACCGCGUCGAACGAUGGCGGAGCGUCCCCAACGGCGCCAUCAGCGAACUCUCCCGUCACAGCAACCGCCCCAGGAGGACAAACAUCGGCGAUGUCUCCUCCUCCGCCUCGCCGGCGACAAACAUCGUCGACCGUAGAACAAGACAAAUCUCGAAACCGAAGACUCUUCGGUGCCUUGCUCGGCACCCUUUCGCAAUCUUCAAAUGCUCCUAGAAGAUCUUCCGCUGGAACAAAGAUAAACAAUCAGACGACGACAUUAAACGCACGCCGCGAAGAAAUCGAAUCCCGUCAACGGGAACGCUUAAAACGCGAGUCCCAUGAGAUCGCCGAAUCCGCGCGCCUCAAAAGGGAACAGCUCGAGCGCGAACGACGAGUUGAACAGGUGCGCUGGGAUGAAGAAGCGAUGAGAAUGAGACAUCGGAAUUUGAGAGCUGCUGCUGGAUUUUUGCAGACCAAGGCAGAGCCACGACUGUAUUACAAGCCCUGGGAGUUACGCGAGUCCGAGGAAGAUGAAGUCAAGCAGCAGAUUGAGGAUGCGGAGGUAAAGAUCCAGCGGGAAAUAGAGGAGUUCGAGCAGAAAAAGAAAGUGAGGGAGGAGGAGCUGAAACGAGAUGGGGAGCGACAGAAGGACGCGCAGCAGGCGCCAGGGCCAAUAACAGAUGAACUGGACGAUCGCCACAAUCCAGAGGGCGAGGCAAACCCUAGGGACGAAAGAUCAGAUCAAGCCAACGAUGAAACGGAUAGGGAUGAUCAAACAUCCCCAAGCGACUCUUCUGGUCCGUUGAAGGAUAACGACAUUGCCGCAAGCGCAUCGAAGACAGAGCGGCGGCGAAGCAGCAGUAGCAAGGACCAGGACGACCAUGACCAUGGCGGCGAAGAACUUGAGCGUGGACAGGAAGAUGAUGUUAUCUAUUGAGUCCACAUGCUCAGGACUUGUUGGUGACCAUCCUGUCAAUCUUACGUCGUUGGAUGUUGCUCUGGGAAGAAAAGAGCAGACAGGAGGCUCAAGAGGAUGCCGAGCUGCACAGGGGACAUGGUUCUCGGUAACCCAUGAUUGGGGUGCCGUUACCUCCCCUUAACAAUCGGCAACCCAAUCUACAAUAUUUCAUGACCAACUAAUUGUGCAAGACGAUGUAAUAUGCCCGUGCAGUCCAAGCACACGAGCUCGGAGUAGUGGGUUGAUAAUUUUCAGCC